AUGGUGUCAUUGGCAUUUGUGUCACCAUCGGUAGUCGCACUUUCCUGUAUUGUCGUGAUCAUCGUAUCCAUAGCACACCGCAUUAUCUACAAUGUCUACUUCCAUCCACUGCGCUCCUAUCCCGGUCCCUUCUGGGCGAAAGCCACAGUCCUUUGGCACCUUUAUCACAUCUAUCAUGCCGACAAUCACAAGGCCGUCCACCAGCUUCACCUCAAAUAUGGUCCUGUCGUCCGCGUCGCACCCAACGAGAUAGUCUACACCAGUCCCAACAUCUGGAAACCCAUCUUUGGCCACAAGGUCAAUGCUCCAGAGAACGUCAAAGAUCCCUCUCAGAGCUUCCGAGUCGUGCAGGGCUCACAGCGUGACUCCAUGUUGAUGGCGCCGCGCGAGGAACACGGGAAGAUGAGGAGGCUUCUUUCGCACUCGUUUUCGGACAAAGCGCUGAAGGAGCAGGAACCUAUUUUUACGCACUAUGUUGACCUUUUGAUGGAGAAGCUGCACGAUGCUUGCGUCGAGCCUGUCGAUAUUGUGAAGUGGUUCAACUUCACCACCUUCGACAUAAUCGGGCACCUCGUCUUUGCCGAACCCUUCGACUGCCUCUCUAGCACAGAGUACCACUUCUGGGUCGCCUUCUUCUUCCACACCGUCAAAGCCAUCUCGUGGUCUCGUGCCCUGAAUCGUCUCUCCUCGAGCAUCGUUCCAGCACUGAUGCGCCUACUUCCCAAGCGCAUCCUCAAUAAAGGUCUACUGCAUUUUGAGAUGUCGAAGGAGAAGCUCGCGCGACGACGCCAACGCCAACUCGACUAUACCGAUUUCCUCAGCGGCUGGAUCUCGGCAGAGGAGAAAGGUAUCCUCGAUCCAGAAGAUCUCGAGAUGAAUGUCCCGCUUCUGAUCGGGGCGGGCAGCGAGACGACAGCGACGCUGCUGUCGGGCGCUACGUACCUCAUCGGUAAAGACCCCCGCGUCUACCGUAUCCUCGUCGAGGAGAUCCGGUCAGCUUUCCAGACUAAGGAAGACAUAAGAAUGGACCGCCUCCCAGAGCUCAAGUAUCUAUCUGCCGUCCUCGACGAAGCGCUACGCCUGUAUCCUCCCACGCCAACGAACCGUGUGAGACUCCUCCCACCCCAGGGCAUGACCAUUGAAGGCCAGUAUGUCCCGGGUAAUACUUUGGUGGGCAUCAACUUCUACGCUGCUUUUCGCUCUGAGUCGAACUUCCAUCGAGGCGAAGAGUUUGUGCCGGAACGGGUUUUGCGCGAUGAGCGCGCAGACGAUGAGUGGAGCCAUGAUAGAAGGGAUGUGUUACAGCCCUUUUCGUACGGGCCGAGGAAUUGCAUUGGGCGGCACCUCGCGCUAGUGGAGAUGCGUUUGAUAAUGGCGCGGCUACUGUAUGAGUUUGACGUUGAGAUUAUGCCUGAGAAUGAGGACUGGCUUGAUCAGAAGUCUUACGCGGUUUGGGAGAAGCCGCCACAAAUGGUCAGGCUGCGGCCUGUUGUGAAGGCGUGA